AUGGUUCAAUCUAAACAUUUCGGUUUUGAUAUCAAACAAUUAGUUUUGGGUAAGGAAUGUUCGGAAAAAUUGCGGAAAUUAAGACCAUUAGUUCAAGAUGGAUUACUUAGGGUGGGGGGUAGAUUGGGUCGGGCCCAAAUAACCUUUGAUCAAAAGCAUCCCCUAAUUUUGCCAGCUAAAGAGCCAUUAGUUGAUAGAUUAGUGGAUUAUUAUCACCAGACUAAUCUGCAUACGGGGCCUCACUUACUGGAGGCUAUCAUUAGACAAAAAUAUUGGAUAAUAGCGGGUCGGAAUCUCAUUAGAAGUCGGGUACAUGCGUGCAAUCACUGUUUUAGGCGUAAACCACUUGCAAAACCUCCGAUAAUGGCGGACUUACCAUCCUGUCGGGUACAGCCAGCUAAAGCGUUCCUGCAUACGGGAGUAGAUUAUUUCGGGCCUAUCAAUAUUACUUUAGGUAGGAGGCGAGGAACGUCGAUGUAUAAGGCUUACGUAUGUUUAUUUGUGUGCAUGAGCAUAAAGGCUGUACAUAUGGAACUGAGGUCCUUGUGGGGUUCUCUAUUCGGAUCAGGGAACCAAUUUUAUCGGAGCCAAGCGGGUACUUUCGGAUCUAUACAUGUUUUUAAAUUCUCGGGAGUAUACCGAUACGCUGAUGGCGGAAUUAUCCACCCAGGGCGUUGAAUGGAAGUUUAACCCUCCCUCGGCACCACAUAUGGGUGGUAUAUGGGAGAGUCAGGUUAAAUCAGCCAAAAGUCAUAUCUACAGAGUUAUCGGUGAUCAAUUGUUAACAUACGAAGAAUUCGCUACUUUUUUAACACAGAUCGAAGGGUUACUAAAUUCUCGGCCUCUGUGUCGAUUGUCGGCGGAUCCUUUUUCCCCGAGCGCUUUAACACCUGCUCAUUUUUUGACCGGGUCACCGUUGGGUAAUUUACCUGCGGAACCAAUUUUAGAGAUUCCACUCAAUAGAUUGGAUAGGUUCCAAAUGAUCGAUCGUUUA